AUGUCAGGCCGGACCGGGAAGAAGAAAAUGUCCAAGCUGUCACGUUCAGCCAGGGCUGGUGUCAUCUUCCCAGUGGGGAGGUUGAUGCGUUACCUGAAGAAAGGGACAUUCAAGUACAGGAUCAGUGUGGGAGCCCCUGUCUACAUGGCAGCUGUCAUCGAGUAUCUGGCAGCGGAAAUCCUAGAAUUGGCCGGAAAUGCCGCAAGGGACAACAAGAAGGCCCGAAUAGCCCCAAGACACAUCCUACUGGCAGUUGCCAAUGAUGAGGAGCUCAACCAGCUGCUAAAAGGAGUGACCAUUGCCAGUGGAGGCGUCCUGCCCAGAAUUCACCCUGAACUGCUGGCCAAAAAGCGAGGGACCAAAGGCAAAUCGGAAACUAUCCUCUCCCCACCCCUAGAGAAAAGAGGAAGGAAGGCCACGUCAGGCAAGAAGGGAGGCAAGAAAUCCAAGGCGGCCAAGCCCCGGACGUCCAAAAAGUCCAAACCAAAGGACAGUGAUAAAGAAGGAACUUCAAAUUCCACCUCCGAAGAUGGACCGGGGGAUGGAUUCACCAUUCUGUCUUCUAAGAGCCUUGUUCUAGGACAGAAGCUAUCCUUAACCCAGAGUGACAUCAGCCAUAUUGGCUCCAUGAGAGUGGAGGGCAUUGUUCACCCAACCACAGCCGAAAUUGACCUCAAGGAAGACAUAGGUAAAGCCUUGGAAAAGGCUGGUGGAAAAGAGUUCUUAGAAACAGUAAAGGAACUUCGCAAAUCCCAAGGCCCUUUGGAAGUUGCUGAAGCCGCCGUCAGCCAAUCCAGCGGCCUUGCAGCCAAAUUUGUCAUCCACUGUCACAUCCCUCAAUGGGGCUCUGACAAAUGUGAAGAACAGCUUGAAGAAACCAUCAAAAACUGCCUGUCAGCAGCAGAAGACAAGAAACUCAAAAGAGUGGCAACGUAUCCCUUCCCUUCAUGCUUAAACUGCUUUCCCAAGCAGACCGCGGCCCAGGUGACCCUCAAAGCAAUCUCGGCCCACUUCGACGACUCGAGCGCAUCCUCGCUGAAGAACGUGUACUUCCUGCUCUUUGACAGCGAGAGCAUCGGCAUCUAUGUCCAGGAGAUGGCCAAGCUUGACACCAAGUAGCCGCUGUGCUUUCCACAGGAAUUGGAGGAGGAUUGGAAGAUCAGAGUCAC